CGAGAGCAGGAACUGGUACCGCCAUUUCUUCUGUGGUCUCUCUCUGCGAGUUUCGCGGAGCCUCCAACAGCGCCAUGUUGGGGCAGAGCAUCCGGAGGUUUACCACCUCUGUGGUCCGGAGGAGCCACUAUGAGGAGGGCCCUGGGAAGAAUUUGCCAUUUUCUGUGGAAAACAAGUGGCGGUUACUGGUUAUGAUGGCCGUGUUCUUUGGGUCUGGAUUUGCAGCACCUUUCCUUAUAGUAAGACACCAACUGCUUAAGAAAUAGGAUGCUUAAAUUCAUCUGUGAAACAGAUAAGAAGAGCAUUGUAUGAAGUCCAACCUCUGAAAAUUGGAUCAAGCUCUGCUGAACUUAAUAGCAUACUGGUUAUGUUUGUAAAUAAACUUAAUACAUGAA